AUGUCGCGUCCGGAAUCCUCUGGCAACAGUCCGCCAAAACGUCGACGGACGGUUGAAGGGUCGUGCUGGCCUUGCAAGCAAAGACGAGUCAAAUGCGACCUCCAGAAGCCCACAUGCCGACGAUGCCUCCUUUCCACAAACGCGGAAGACUGCAGCUACGACAAGUUACUACUCAGAUGGAAGAAGCGACCUGCUAAAACGGUGCCCGAAUGCAUCCCACAGCUAUCCAUCGAGCGUUCGCUCAAUAACAUUCACCUGGCAGUCAAUGAGCGAAGAGCACUGGAAUACUUCAAAGCGCGGUUAUGGCCACUUUUCUCCACUCUUCAUGAGCCAGUCCCGCCACCAGUCGCACUUGCCCUGCGCUCUCAACCUGUCCUCCAGGCCCUAUGCGUAUUUGCCGAGGAGCAUCGGGCGCUGCAAGAGCGCGGAUCGUCCAAACAGACUCUUGAGAGGAGACGCUUGCAUUGCUUGUCAGUUAUCCGCGGCCAACUGAGCAGCGAGCAAUCCGAUGGUGCUGCGCUCUCCGCACUUUUAGUCGCGGUGCUGCUUUUGUACUUCCUGGAAGGCUAUGUCAACUGCAUGUCAGAUGACGCUUCGACCGGUUGUCACCUUGCAGGAGCGAUCGCAAUCAUCAACGCAAUGGGUGGCUUUCGAGCAGCAUGGUCAUCGUCAGACAGAAUGACUAGAAUGCUACUCUCGGAACUAGCAUCCACCGAUCUGACAGACGCCCUGCUCCAAGACAGAAAACCUUCGUUCCCAGCCUCCAUUUGGGAGACAAUGGAGUCAGGAUCAGUAUGGUGGGAAGUCGUCCCUGGCACUACAUCACUCGGGUCUGUUCUAUCCACAUUGGCUGAGAUGAGCUUCUACCGCCACGAGCUACAAACUGGAGCCGAAGUUUGCGUCGAGAAGGCGCAGGCCUUUGAGCAUGCGCUUCAGCCCACGUACUCCAAGCUAGAGUGUCCAGAUGGAGACGCAGGACAAGACCUGCUAAGCCCUGUUACAACGGCAUCGCUCUCACUUGUCCGUUGUUUCCAGCACGCAGGCCUCAUAUACCUUUACAGUGCUAUUCACGACAUUCCCACGAAGCACUUUCUUCUCCAACAGCAUGUCCAUGCGUGUCUGGAGUGUAUACAAGGCAUGGAUACGAGAUCUAAAGCACAGAACUGUGCUCUUUUCCCACUCUAUGUUGCUGGCGCACAUGCACUCUUGGAGGCCCAUCGGGAAUGUGUGAUGAAGAUUUUGGGGAACAUACACAACAAUCUGCGAUUCGAGUCCGUGCUGUCUAUUCGGGCAACUUUGGAGGCGCUCUGGCAACCGUCUCGUAAUCCUACUACGUGGAGCGGAAGUUUCAAGAACACCGCCAUGUGUACAUUGGUCAUAUGA